AAUAUGGCGGCCGUUGGGGCUCGCCAGGGCAUACGGUCACACAAAACUGGGCGUUUUAAAUCUCGAAAUGACAGUGGCGAUGAAGUUUUUCGAUUGGACUUUACCAAAGGCCCAACAGAUAACUUGAAGGAAAUACUCGUCAAUACUAUUGCACAAAUACAGACUUCUAAAUCACGUAAACUUGGUUACUUAAAUGCCUUUGUUAAGUUCCUACAGAAAUAUAAGCAGGAAAAAAUCACUGGAUAUUCAAAGAGAGAUAUUUUAAGCUGUUUGAGAAUAAGUUUGUUUCAUGAAGCAAAAGAAGUAAGAGCAGCGACCUUGAGAGUUUUACGAUAUUUUAUACAAGAUGGUGAAGCUAUAGACUUGGUGUAUGCAUUACAGAUAGAUUAUUUGAUUGUAAGAUCAGUGGAUGUUUGUCUAGACAAUGAGGUAGAAAGAAUACAUGCCAUUAAAUUGAUAAGAAAAAUAGCACAUGUAGCACCUCAAAAACUGUCUUCAUCUCUAGUGUAUCCAUUGGUUGCUAUUGGUAAUGAUGGCAACCAUGAAAGAGACAGAAUGGUCAGAAUAUCGUUAGCUACAAUCUGUGAAAUAGCUUUUCUGAACCCUGAGUUAUUAGCAUUAUGUGGUGGUAUAUCAACAAUCAUACGAGCAGCAUUAGACUGUCAUCAGUAUCCCAGGAUCAACGAGUCACUUGUAUCAACCAUUUUAUAUUUGUUAAAUCAUCCUAGGACAAGACAUCUGAUUAAAUUCAACACAGAUUUAGAGCAAUUGUUAGCUCCAUUCACUGACUGUCAUUAUAGAUUUAGUGCAGAUUCUAGUGAUGGAUCUACUGGAGAAGAUAAAGAACAUAGAUUUGCCUCCAGUAAGAUGGCUGUAAUAGCUAUAAUGAAAUCAUGGCCAGGUAUACUGAGAUUUUGUCGACCUGAUGGUAGUGGUUUACAAUCUAUUGUCGGAAUUUUAUAUCUUCCCUUUCCUGAAAUUAGGCAAGGAAUAUUGGAUAUUUUAUAUGAUUUAUUUCGACUACAAGUACCAGAAUUUACAGAAAAUUUCUCAGAGGCACUUCUCAGCGUUGAUCAAUCAGUGAUGAAGGAUACAUGGAGACUUACAGAAGGAUUUGUUGCAGAGGAAGGAAAAUCUUCACUUCCUCAUAUGGCUAAAAUUAGACCUAAUUUAGUAGAAAACCAUUUAGCAUUGAUACUAUUUGCCUGGAUAGGAGCUGGCAUUCUAGAGGCUUUAGUUGAAGUUAUAAUCAGCAGUAGUACAAAGUUAUCUAUUAGGGCAACAAUAUUGUUAGGAGAACUGUUACAUUUGGCGAGUACAUUAUUACCACAUGAAUGUAGCUACCAUAACCAUUGUUUACCCUCUCUGUUGUCUAUAGCUUCAUCAAUGGAUGUACAGGCUGACCAAAGAAACCAAGCUCAGAAAGCAGUAUAUUACCUAGAUAGAUUUCAUUCACUGAAGAAGAAAGGUGUGGUUCCAUGUAGUUUAUACCUUGACCAGCUAAUUCAGUACAGCAGUGGAAAAAAUGCUGGACAUAAAAAACAGUUCCACUUACAAAAAGACAAGCUGUAUGACUUAUAUUUGGCAAAGUUUCCAUCAGAUGAUAUAAUCACACAAGCGAUGAGAGAUUCUAUGGUGGUAGGCACUAAGAAUAAUAACAUGUGGAACUGGGAUCUUAUAUCAUCUAUAUUGAAGUGGCCAGAAGAAAAGAUGAAGAGGGUUGACGAUCAGAUUCAGUCAAGGUUUAUCAAACGUCUUGUAUACUUCUUUAAACCAACAAAUCAUAUAUUUUCACGACAAGAACUGAAGAAUGGGAAAUCUAAAAAGAUAGCACAUGUAGGAUGUCUAUUAAUAGAUUUCCUUAUAUCUUGUGAUCAGGAUGAGGCUCAGAAACAGGUUAUAGACUUUCUAAAUGACAUAGGACAGUGUCUCUCAGAGAUAUCAAGUCAUUAUCUAGCUCCAGAAUCUGUACUCAGUCCAUCAAACAUUCAGAAGACCUGUAGUCAGUAUUAUUUUUUAAUGGUUGGUAGAUUUAGCUGCUCUGUAAAAGGAGAUAGAUUGUUGGAAAAGACUUGCAUAUAUCAGUAUUUAAUGGACAUUGUCUCAUCUGUGAAUCAGGACAGUUAUGUAAAGUUGACAGUAUCAAGCCUUAAUUACAGCAGGGAUAACAAUACAAGACAUGUGUUAGCCAAGGCUCUUAGUUCUUCUAUUGAGACAUCAAGGCUAUACACUACAAAUUUUUUACGAGUAUUACUAAGAUCGCGUGUUCCAGGGUUUAGUACUUGGGGAAUGGAGUUAAUAGUCACUCAGCUGUAUGACAAGUCAACAAGCACAGCAAUGGCUGCUAUAGCUCUUUUGGAAGAAGCAUGUGAAGUUGAUACAUGUCUAAAUUCACUUCUAAAGCUACGUCCAUCAUGUUUACAUCUUGGUGAUAAAGGAGUGUUGUUACUAUGUAGACUGUUAUCUACACCAAAAGGCUUUAAGACGUUAUUGGCUGCUAACUAUGUAACCAGUGAACUACUGAAAUGGAGAAAGACGUAUAAUGCCAAAUAUGUGAACAUAGUAGAAGAACGACUAAAUGAAGCUUUGACAACGUAUGAGAAAACGUAUGAAGGAUCAUUUACCAGGAGAUCUAGUCAAUCAAGACCAAAGAAGGAUGCUUUCCUCCCUGUACAUUUGUAUGGAGAGUUAGUACAACAUAAAGAUGGAUUUGAACUUCUGAAACAACAGGAGUACAUUGAAGAAUAUUUUGAGUGUGUUAAAUGCCAGUAUUUAAUAACAGACGAAGAUGAGACCAAACUUAAGACUGCUUUAUGGGUUGUGGGUCACAUAGGAACUUCUACAUGGGGUAUACAAUGGUUGGAGGAGGAAUGUUUACUACCUGAGAUUAUUAAGCUGGCAGAAGAGUGUGGUGUUUUCUCUUUAAGAGGAACAGCAUUUUAUGUACUUGGUUUAUUAGCCAGUACAAGAGAGGGUGCUCAACUGUUGAGUGAGUUAGGUUAUGAAUCCUGUUGGAGAACCAGAGAGGAAAUGUGGCCGGUAGUUGAGGAUAAGACAGAAUUAUUAGAUUUCAAUCAUUUACAUGACAUUCAGGAUGUUAAAAGUGAAAGUAAUUAUAGCAUGGCUGGUAGCAUACGAGAUAUAGAUAUUAAUAAGAUUCAUUCCCCAAGUGCUUUAUCAUCGAGUCUGUUUUUUAUUGAAGAGGAAGGGAAGAAUGGUUGUGAUUCAAAACAAAGCUGUGAUAAAAACUCAAACUUUGACUCAUCUGCCUACAUUCCUCAUAAGAUAAACAAUCGUGUCAGAACACUGCCACAUGAUUCUAGACGAGCUAAUACAUUACCAUUACGUCCACAGUCAAUUAGAAGUGUUGCUGUCCGUUCAGAUAGGCUACGAAGUUCAAGUGAUGAUACAGAUAAACGAUUUAUGGAGAAAAAACAUGCCACUUUGCAUUCUCAGGAAGAUUUGAUGGUAAAAGUUCAAUCAGAACAAAAAACAAAACUUGUUCCUGAAAAACAGGCAACAAUUGAACCAGAUAAAGUUGCUACGGAGAGUAAAGAAAAAUCAAAUUUAGAACUUAUUGGGAUUUUAAAAGGGUCAAGACUUGAUUCUGUAAUGAGAGGUCGUAGUGCGACUGUUGGCUCAGUGCCUCCAAGUGAGAGUACUAAACAAGACAAUGUAAACAAUAGCAACAGUAAAAGUGCUGAAAAUAUUCACCGCCAUAGUGGAUCAUUUAACGUGAAUGUAUCAGUCAUACCUGUGAUUAAAUUACCUAGUAUUGACUUAGAACAUCAGGACAGUGUGGUUAUAAAUCGUUCACCGCCAACAACCAUUCAUAUAUCUGUAGAACCAGAGAAACCUGUUGUUUCAGUAAAAAAAUGCAAUUUUAGAAUUGGUUCAGAUGAGGAGGAGGAUGAAGACCACAAAGUCCCAGAAAGGAAAAAAGACCAUAUAAAAGAAGCAAGUUUUAACUUGCCAUCUUAUUUAAAGGAAUCAAAAGGCAACAGCAGUGAUAGUUCAAAAACAAGUAAAAGUAGAACAGACAGUUUUAAUACUGACUCUACAACCAGUGGAAUAGGAUCGUUAGAAUCAGGAGCUCAUUGUGGUGCAUCUAGUGAAAUAGCUUCAUUAAGCCCUAUAGCAAGUUCUUCAUCAUUAGAAAAUAUAAUGAGACAAAGCUCUCAAGAAAAGUCAAGUAUUCAUCCGUCCAUUAACAGAAGGAGAUCAUUAAACUUGAACCGUAUUCCUAGUCUCAGAAAAUCACAAGCUAGUCCUGCAUAUGGCAUUUUACCUUCAUCUCGAAUGUCUGAAAAUAUAUCUGCUGAAAAUGCAGUUAUGUAUACAACUACCCAGGAUGCAUUAGGCUAUUCAACAUGGAGGUCAUUACGGCGGCAAAGAACAUACAGUUCCGAUAUGGAAUCAGAAUUAGGUAUUGGAAUGUUAUAUGGAGAGGAUGUGCCUUCCAGUACACUUAGCAGGCAAUCAAGCAUAGAAUCAAAGAUGUCAUUUGAUCAUUUAGCUCUCAAGGGAUUAAGUGCAACUAUACCAAGAAACUCUAGUACUGUAUCACUACAAGAUCAAGAUCGACCAUCUAGUCCAUUUUCUGUUUCACCGAAGGCCAUAUUGUUACAACGUAAACCCCAUACAGGAAAGGCAGAGUUCCUAGGUCUUACAUUACCUGUUGAUAUCAAUAUGAUAUUUGAGGUUCACGAAGGAGAAGAUAAAAGAUCACAUUCUGGGGUAGAAAGCAGAAAGUCAUCAGGUUUUGGUAGUGCAUCACGUCACUCUUCAGUCACAACGUACGACACAGAUGAACACGAGACAGCUAUAUGUAUAGUUUGUCAUCAGUUACGACACGAUUACAAUGCUCUCAAAGAACAAGAUGAUGCUGUAGGUGAAGAAAUAGAAGCAGCAAGGGCUGAAGUUGACGAAACAAAAUCUUUAUCCUCCAUCUACAAACAAACGAGAACGAGGCUGGACAGUUGUAACGAGCCAUCAUCAGCGACACCUGGUAGUGUUACUAGUAUGACAAGUAAUGAAUCAUCAACUAAGAAGAUAGACUUUGAAAGUGUCAAUGGCAGAACAAUGUUACGUAAAGAAGUGAAGAAGUUUGUUGUCAGUCUCAGUAGUUUUAUCAAUGUCAAGUCUUCAGAACAGGGUUUGUUAACGUUAAAGCAGAAAGUGCCGAAAGCUUUUCAGGACUUAUGUUUCUUCUCAGAGGUUAUACACAUUUUAGGAACUUGUUCUUUUAGAUUGACUGCCAGAAGAUUUAUACAGGAAUUGUUUGAUGAGUUUGAUAUGGAUCAGAUAUUGCAAGAGGCUAAAUCAAUACUUGGUGUAAAUGCAGAAAUACAUGACCCAAGGAGAGUUGGGAGACAAGAAAACUUGGAUAGUGUUUGGGAAAAAGAUUUCUAAUUAAAACAUUUACAUGAACCAAGUAGGAAUGGUGAAAAGAAAACAGUGGCUGAGAAAAUAUUUCAGAACUACAAGAUAAAACUAACCAAAGAAAUCACCACAAUCUCUGAUAAAAAGAUGUUUAAACUACAAAUCAAUUGCUAUGAAUUACCUACUGAUUACUGUCCUGACAAUUCAGAGUUUGUUCUUCAAUUUAAAAAUAAUUCUGUGCAUUUACUUUUUGGGACUGUUGAAAAGUUGAGAAAAAUGCACUUGAUUAGUUAAUGCAAUUGCAGGAAAUGCUACAUACAGAUAAUGCUUUCAAAUAUAGAAUGUCAGCUCUAAUCAAUACGAUACUCAUUCUCUGGCAUUUUUUUCAACAUAAUAAAACCUGCAAAAAAAAUUCUCAAUUUAAUGUAAAAUUUAAAAUACCAGGACUGGUGGUCAUUUUAGAUUUAGAAUAUCAAAAGAUAAAUUUCACCACAAAAUGGAUACAAUCACGAAUGAUUGUUGUCUGUCAUCAUAAAAUUUAUCUUUUAUACAUUACAGUGUUAAAUCUGUAUAACCAGGUUACAUGUUAAAAGGGAAAGUUAUGUUACUUGGAGACUUAUAGUUUGUAUAUCUCUUUAAGCUGGUAUAACAUGGAAAUCUAAAGAAAUGUUUCUAUUAGAAGGCCAGUGUGUUAUUUUUUUUUGUGAUAUCUUCAGGAGAUUUGUAUGAAGAGACAAAUUCAUUAUUGUGAUAUUUUGUACAGACAAUAUUUAUUGUAAUAAAUGCCAAAAAGUUUUUAUUGAAUGAAAUAUGUAAAUAUUUAUUUAGCAAUGAGAUGAACUUUGUUAUGAACAGUUUUUUCGAGAUUUUAUACAAGAUUGUGAUUAAUUUAAAAAGUUAAUCAAUUUUAACAUGUAAAGGGUUAAAUAAGGAGCCAAGCUUCAAGUCAGUUACAUUUUAAGCAAUAAUGAGUAAUACAAUGGUAUGUCUUGUAAUUUGUGUAUAAUCAUUCCACGAUAAGUUCUGUUUUUUUUUUAUUGCUAUUUAAUAUAUGACUAGAAGUGAGGCUUUUACAAAAAUUUAUUAUUAAUGCAGCUUCCGUUUUAGCUUAAUAUUGAGAUAACUAUAAACUUUACACCUAUGUUUCUUAUGAUCAAAUCCUUGUUCUUUUCAGCAGCCGUUUAAACAAAAAUGAUACUUAUUAAAAUCAUAUUUCUGUGGCACGAUCUUGGAUAAGGAAAAAUUAUCAUAUUUGUUUUGAUAUCCUUUGGUCUUUGGUCAGACCACACAUCCUGAUUUUUAAAUUAAUAUUAGCAGUUGGCAGGUUUUUUAAGUUGUGUAACAAACUGUACUGAUUUGAUUGCAAUAAAUUUUUUUUACAUAAUAUUGAAAUUUUAAAUAAUGUAAUUCAUUCUCAAAUCUUGUAAUAUAUCCCAGCCACAAAUGUUUACAUCACACAUCCAUUGAAGUCAUUGCCUACUGUGUUUAGGUUUUACAUAGCACUUUGUUUUAAAGGUUUAAAUAUCUAGUCAAAUAUUACAUGUAUUUUUCUUGGUGUAUAUGUGCAGAUAUUUAUAUAUGUUUUUGAUACAUAGGCUGACAGUAUGUGCAGAUACAUCAAUUACAUUUACUUAAAAAACUGAAUUCAAAAGACCAUUUGUUUUAAUCUUGCCAGCUUGUAUGUAUCAGAAAGGGAAAAUGAAGCCAUUUUGUCUGAAUUUUUUUUUGCAGCAGUUAAGUUUAAGGUAAAUGAACUUAAAGCUUAUAAAAUCCUUCUGUUAUUUCAACCUGUAACAGGUACUGUAAUUAUUCAAGAAACAUUGUUUUGCAGUUUCAAAUAGGUGAAUUUAAAAGUGCAUUAUUUUAUCUAGUAGUUAACAGUUGAGAUAGGUAGAGGUAAAGACAUGCUGUUCAUGUCAAAUUUAACAUUUAAGACUGAUAUACAGACCAUUCAUUUUGAUCUUUCAACAGCUAUAUAAAAGGGUUUCAGUAUGAGAUUAUGAUAAUAUAUCCAUAAAGCAAAUGAAUAAAAGUAUAUUUGGUAUUUACUUCAUCCUAAAACUGCAUAAAUUGAUAGUGUUAAGAAUUAGGGGCAUUAGAUUAAGAAAGGUUAGUGAACUGGACAGAUUUAUGAAAGUUCUCCAUAUUUUCACAAUAAAGGGUCAAAGAAUAAUUAUCAAACAUAGUCAUUUUAUAUGUUGUCUUCUUCUUACUUUCUCAGUUCCUAGUUAAGGUAUGAUAAACAAAUUAUUUAUACUUUGAAAAGUUAGUAGACAUAUCUUUAUCUCAUUAAAGUUUCAAUGGGUUUCUAUUCUUUUUGGGGAUGAAUUUGAUUUGUUGAAAUACAAUACAUUGUAAUCUAACAUUUAUAAAUGAAUUUGGUGAUCAUCAUUUUCGUAGUUAAAUUUCUUCUCCCCUCACAAUAGUAAUAGUUAAAGGGAGCAAGACUUUCAUGGUACUAUAUGGCAGGAAAUACCUUUCUCAUACCAACUAUCAUUUGUUAUUCAAAUUUUUUUGUAGACCUUGAUUUACCAUUACACUAUUCAAAAUAAAAGCAGGUGAGACAUAAACUGGUAGUGUGUCAACUCUUGUUAAAUAAUUUGAAUGUUUGACAUAAUAGCCUACAUUGUAUUGUAAUUUAUAUUUUUUUUCAUGUGCACAUUUCUAAUCAACUGUAUGUAUCAUAAUAAGCAGAGGUAUGUUAAACAUUAAAUGUAUGUCCUAAUUUGUUGAAAGUACAGUUAUAUUUUAUUAUGAUUUGUUGAUAUUUUGUAUAUUUUUUAAAGAAGUAAGAUAAUGAUAUAUAUGAUACUUACGGAGAACUAAUAGGGCUGUGACAAUUUAUCCUCCGUGAGGGUAAGAACGGUUAUAUUACCACAUACACACAACCAGUUUGUAUUCAUUUUAUAAGAAUAAAAAUCUUUUCUAUGUAAUGGUCAGUGUGAAUGAAAGUUGUUUUAUUGCUAGAAGUAAAUGUUGAUUUUGUAAAUCAUU